AUGGCUUCUUCAAACAAUCCCGAGUCCGGCCCUUCCAAUGACCUAUAUCCCACACCUCGAUCCGGUAUCCUUCAUCACAUCGCUCGAAGUGUUACUGAGGCCAAUUACGGCGGGCUUCCUACCAUUCCCGACCCCGACAUGGAUCGAUAUUGUCUUGUCACUGUCGGCGCAACGACCACAUUUCGCCCUCUGGUCGAGGGCGUCCUCGAGCGGCCUUUUAUCUCCGCUCUCAUCACAGCGGGCUACACUCGUCUGACCAUCCAGUGCGGCGCCGACGCCGAGGAGUUUCGCAACGUCGCACUCCAGUUUGUCCACCCUACACUGAAGAUCGAUGUCAUCGACUAUGUCGAUGAUCUCUCGCGCCUGAUGCGAAAGUGCCGUGCCGCAGAGGGCCUCUCGCGUCGACGUGCGGGCAUGAUGAUCUGCCACGCAGGCACUGGUACGGUUCUCGAUGGGAUUCUGAAUAACAUUCCCAUCGUUGUCAUCCCCAACCCCGCCUUACAGGAUAACCACCAGCUCGAGCUCGCGAACGAGUUGCACAAGCAGUGCUAUGCCAUCCAUGGCCUCCUUGACGACCUCCCUGCUACGAUCGAACACGCCGAUGCCCUCCACGCCCGCAUUCAAGAACGUAUGCCCCCGAACGCAGUGGAAGUCGACCCUCUCGAGGAAGCUGAACCCGAGUUCUGGGACUUUGUCGACGCCAUGGUUGCCGUUCCCGAUGAGCGAGAUGUCGGUCUCGACCCCGGAGCUCGACGUUUCAUGGCUUCCCUUUCGGAACCCGAGAGGGAAAUUUACGAACGCUUGGUCCCCGAGCCCGAGCCCGAGCAAGCGCCCAGAGUCGCUGCCCCCGCUGCCCAAAGGGCUGGUCCGCGUUCAGUGACCCCUCAGUAUGGCCAUGGUGCUACGGGUCAUCCAUAUGACCUUGGCACUACUAUGCUGCACCCUCUUUUCAGACCUGCCCAGCAGACUACGUCGUAUGGUCCUGGCGGCAUGCUUCAUGCCACCGCCGAGAUUGGACCUCAGCCGAUGGCCGCUGGCGUGGCGCCCCGAGGACGCCCUGCUCGUAAUCCCGGACACGAUUUUUAG